UCUCACGCGAACGAUACCUGAAACAAUGUCCCUACACAACAUCGGUCUCCGUAUGGGUGGCGCAUCGAGCGCUGUAUUUGCCGCCCAAGGUGUUUUUCUUCUGGGAAAUGCCGCCUACACCAUCCUCUAUCCCUCCUCCGCAGCCAACUUCCCUGGCUCUUCGCUCAAAGGAACUCCCAACGGCACGGUUCAAUGCAUCGGCCUCACCUCUCUUGCUUUGGGGACAUACUAUCUGAUAUCAACCUACCAGCGGGAUACUCUCAUUAUGGCUUCUUCCGUGCCCUCUCGCCUCGUGGCUGCGUUUGUGAUGCAUCGAGCCGGUGGAAGCUGGGUUCAGGUUGCAGCUUUUGAAACCUCAAUGGCAAUAGUGGCUAGUGCAGCACUUAUUUGGGAUCGGUAUAUGUAGGACUGCGGGGUACCGGCAGUUUUAUUUCCGAUUUUUCGCCAUCGGAGGAAACGCUUGGGGUGUGUAUGUAUAAUAUAUUGAGGAUAAUGGCACUGUCCUCUCGGAAAUCGAAUUCAAGAUUACCCGCAACAAGAAGGAAUGCGCACUACCCAGGUUAAAGCUAACCAGGACGAUGAAGCGGGUGCACGAGCGACGAGCGUGGAACAGGC